CGGAACGUUGACAUUAGUGGCCGGACGAGAUGGAAGGCGUGCUGGAGAAAUACGCGGCGUUUGUCGAGAAUACUCUGCGGCCACAGCUCACGGAUGCCCUGGCGCGACGCGAUGCGUUGAACGAACAGAUCGCCGAGUAUCAGAACCUCGUGGAACUCGUGCAAGCGAAGGCUGCCAAAGACGCCGUGGACAAGUCGUGGAAACUCCAGGCGGAUCUGGGAAAACAGUGCUUUAUCAAGGUCAAAGUGCCCCCGCAGACGAACGUAAUUGUGCAUAUUGGUUUGCAAGUGUACAUGGAAGUGCCUGCGAAGGACGUUCCGACGGUCGUGGCCGAUUGCAUCCAGGUCUUGACCAAGCAGCGCGACGUGCAUCAGACCAAGGCGCGGAGUAUAGCAGGACACAUCCAACAGGUACUCGACUCAAUAGAGCACCUCGCAAAGCUCCAACAAUUGGAGCGUUAACACGGCUUGUAAGUUCGACGAAAUUGAAUGCAUUGGGCAUUGCACUCGCGUUCG